GAUCAGAAUCAUUCUGCUGGUGUUCCUCGCAUUCCUGUUUCUGUUCCUGGCGCUGGUGUAAAUGCACAGCCUCCCAAUAUUUCCAUGGCAGGUAACCAUGGUAAUGCAGCUUAUCUCAACAGUCAGCAGCAAGCAGCUGUAAUGAAGCAGCACCAGAUGCUACUAGAUCAUAAGCAGCAACAGAAGCAGUUGUUAAUGGAACAACAGAAACAAUAUCUAAUGGGACACAGGCAACUUCUUGCUGAACAGGAGAAACAAAGGCAUCAUCAGGAGCAACAACUCCAGAGGCAUUUGACUCGACCGCCUCAGUACCAAGAUCAGACACAAAAUGCAUACCAACAGCAGGUUGGCCAGUUCACAGGUUCAUCUCCAGCAAUGACAGGGGUAAAUAAUUUAGGCCAGUCCAACUCCAGCAGUCCACGAAUGUUUUCUCAGAAUCAGAACAUGAUUCAGAUUGGGACAGGGCACAAUUCUGUCUCAUCAAGCAGCAAUCAACAAGAUCGAGCAGUUAAUCAGUAUACUGGCCUGCAGAACAUUCAGCGAGGUAGUUUAUACAACAUGGCAUCUGGUAUGUCCCAAAUGGUCCCACAGCAUGCAAAUCCAACUGCCAAUGGUCAGCCACAGAUGCAAAGACAACCCAGUUUGGCUCAGGGUGCAGCUCUUCCUGCUGGAUAUGGACAGAACACCCUAGGAAAUUCAGGCAUUUCUCACCAACACAAUAAAGGAGCACUAAAUGCGACAUUAUCCAAGCCUCAGAUGGCAAGAAUGCCAGCAAUUGGGGCCCAAAAUUCAUCAUGGCAGCAUCAAGGUAUAUCAAAUAUGAACAAUCAGGCUCAACGAAAUAGUGGUUUAGGGACGUUUACUGCCAGCUCCACCUUCCAUAUGCAGCAGACUCACCUAAAGUUGCCCAAUCAACAGUUUGCCCAAGGAAUGCCUCAGGUAAGCCUCAACACCAGCAGGACAAUAGCAUCCAUGAAUUCAGCUGUCUCUGGACAGAUACUGCCAUCACUAGGGGCCCAGCAGCGGACAAAUCCUCCUACUCAGCAACCAGUCCAGUCACAACAGGUCUUGCCAGGCAUGAGUCAAACUGUCCCAGAUCUGACUUUCAGCCAGAAUCAAAAUCAACAGCUGUCCAACAGAACCAAUCUACACUGUACUCAAGGUUAUCCAGUGAGGACAGCUAAUCAGGAAUUGCCUUUUGCCUACAGUAACCCAUCUGGAGGUAAUGGACUACAGAACUUAACUGGGGAUACAGACCUCAUAGACACUUUAUUGAAAAACAGGACUUCAGAAGAGUGGAUGAAUGAUUUGGAUGAGUUGUUAGGGAAUCACUGAAAUUAGAUUUGUUUUUUUUUUCUUCCCUGAGUUUUUUUUUAUUACAAAUUAUCUUUGGACCAAAUACCUGUGUCACUGAAAACUCACAGGCUCUAGUGGGAAUGUAUUGGAGUUGUUCCUUUCUGGGUCUAAGAACAUAAAAAAGAUGCACCAGUUUGAUAGGAAGAAAGCUAAUUUUUAUAGUGUGUCUGGAACAUCACGUGUGUAAACAGUACAGUUUGGUGUAUACCCCAAACAGCCCAUGAGAAAUGUAACUUUUUCCAUUGUUUUGCAUUUGAAGAAUUUAAAUGUGAACCCAUGCAGUUGUGGUGCAGAAAGUAAGCCAGCAAGGGUUAGGGUUUAAAUACUCAGUGUUAAGUCAUUCUUUCCUACAGAUAGUACUUAAUAGGUUUCUUGAUCUUAAUUUGGCCCUCUAAAUAGUAAAAGUAUCACCUUGCCACCAUUUUCAAGGAAAGAAACCCUUGUUCCUUUAUGGAAUCCUCCCUAGUUUAGGGAGGAUAGUCUUCUAAUCAAUGUGUGCCUACAUUCUUAGCAAACCAGAGAUGAGAAUUCACAGUAAUAACUGAUAAUGGGUUUCUGUGCUGGAGAUUGUUAAAUGUUAAAACAUUUCCAGCAACAGGUUGCUGUAGACCUAAACUGGGGAACUUGGUCUUAAUUGGCUUAUGGCUUACUAAGCUAAGCAAUUUGCACUCUGCUAUGGGGGGGAGGGGGGAGUUCUUGGUUUUUAGAGUUUUUUUAAAUUGGAGAAACAGACUUAAAAUCAAGUGUGUGCACUUUUUCUAUCUCCUUUCCUGCAUUCAUUAGAGUUGGAUUAAUCACACCUGAUUUCUCUCUUUUAUUCAGAGGGCAUUUAUACUUAGCAGUGUUUUUGUUGCCACAUGCAUACUGUACAAUGUGGAUAGGAUGAGUUAGUCUUUGUCAAGCAUAUGAAGCAAGUCUUGUGCCUUGGAGUUGUUAUUGACAUGAAAAUUUUGCAAUAAUGGCACAGGAAGACAGGGGAGACACUAUACUUUUUGAAAAUUCUUGAGUUGUGAGGUUCCCCCAACCUUUGGGUAAAAUGAUGGUUGAAGCUCUUUAGAAAUAUAAAGACUAAUCUCCAAUGAAACGAAUGCUGCUAAUUCAUCAUUGUCUAUGGAGAUGCUUUCCUGGAUGUGUAAAAUCAGUUCUUUAUAUGGCAAGGAAAAGAGAAUUAUUUUUAAUGUGUUACCAAAAAGAAUUUCUACUUGCCAACAAGCCACCUUUUGCCUUAACCUAUAGUUUAUAAAGGUAAACAAUUUGAAAGUUGUUUUAGAUGCAUAGAUACCUCUCUGUUCCUACUCUGAGUUUGGUUUUGUUCUUUAAUGAACAGGACUACUUACCUCCUGUUAUAAGGAUUCUUAAUUUACUUCAUAACACCUGCAACUGAGAAUCAAAGAAUUUCCUUUGCAUCAGACACGUUCAGGAGCGUUUAUAGAAAGAUUUGAAUCUGGGAUAUUUUAGACAGGGGAACAGUUAAGAGAUUGAAGAAGAUGAACCAUAGGAAAAUAUUUUACUGUAUGUGCAGUGUUCUUCUCAAAUGUGCACUUUGGAAAACAAUCUGCUUUAACACUACUUUUAAUUUAAUUUUUUCCCAUUAAUUUCAUUGUAUAUGGUUGCCAUCCAUGAUCAAGUUAAGUAUGCCAUGCUAAAGAGAUGUUUGUGUUUUAUCUUGAUGGACAAUUGAUGGGGGACAAUGGUGAAAGCUGCAUGUUAAUGAGUGGUUCCACUACUGAUAUGUCCAAACUGAAGCAAAUUCCAUUGAGUGUAUAUUUUUAAAACAUCAUUUUAUAAGAGUUGGUUAAUUUAAUAAAUAAAAUAUAGGUGUCACUGAUAUUGUAAGUAAAUUAGAUUAGAGUUAAAUUUACUAAUCUUUUCCAUAAAUCAGCAGUUAAAUUUUUCAGUGAAUUCAGUUUAAUCAAAGAUUUGAUCCAAAAUGAAUGUCAGCUGGAAAACAUUGUAAUCUUUGUAGCUGCUUCUUUUGACCAUGGAAAAAUUAUUGGGGCCUGGAGAGAGGAGAUUUGAAAUGGAGAUAAAGUAUAUUUGUUAUGUGUUUUAGAAAUCUUGCACCAGUGUGCCUUCCUUUUGUUUUUGGAGGUACUUAGGACCUCAUACUUCUUAAUUAUUUGGGUUCUGCUGAUUUCUUCUUUAGGUACAGUGAAAAAAUUACAAGUUUUAUGCCAUUCUAGCUUAAUUUCUGAACUAUAAUUUUGGUCAGAAGAACAUGUAACAGACACUUUGUCUGCCAGUGCUACAGGCAGAUAUCUCCUCUCUGUCAUGUUACAUAUAGUUUUGUCAACUGCAGCACGUGCAGCUAUGGAUAAGCAUCCUGUAGCUUUCCAGGUAUUUUGGAUUACAAUCCCCAUAAUUCCACACACAGUUAACACGCUGGUUGGACUGAUGGGAAUUGUGAUUUGUAACAUCUCAAAAGUACCAAAUGCCUUCUGGUUAAAUAAAUUAGCUUAGAAUAACUUUGGAUUGACAACGCCCUUUUAAAUUUAGAUAUAAGAAUAUACGUCAUAUAUAUCUGCAACUUGAUUUUGGUUGAUGUUGGUUUCAGUUGAUACAAAAUUGUUCAGAUUUGAAAAUGUAGCAUGAUGUAGAAAGAAAUGUGCUGUGCAGUGAUGAUUGAACAUGGAAGCUAGUUGGGGCUAAGUGCAGCCCUGCCCUUCAGUCACUAGUAGCAAUUCACAAAUGAAUAUAUGCACUUGUGCUUUCUAUUUGCUGCAGCUUCAUAGCAAUAACGCCCGCCCACCUACACACCCCUUGCCUGGCCUGUUGCCUCAGUUUUAUUUAUAGGCUGCAGCCAUGGGCUGGUGAGAAGGUGUGGAAAAAAAUCACACCUGUCCAACAUCCACUGCCUUCCUAAACCCCCCCGAAAUGGAAAGGGUGCUCAAUUUUUCUAUUCUACACAUUUUCUUUGUGUAAAUAAAUGUUUACAGUUUUAUAUGAAAGGCUGAAUAAGAGUUAGAUCUUCUGAGUGUAUAUUUUUUACUUUUUAUAGAUUUUAAAACUAUAAUUCUUUAUAUAUAUGUUGGGGGUGGUUAUAAGUUUUACACUUCUUUAAAUGGUGAACAGUUCAGAUUUGAUGCUAACUUUUUUUUUUUUUUUUGGCAUUGAGAUGUAUAAAGAGCCGAUUAAUCCCAUUUUUCUUUAACUACAAUUACUGUGGCACACCAAAAAACUUUCUGUUAUGUCAUUAUUAAAAAAUAAAUAUUU